GCAGCAACUCGGCGAGUCGACUCACCAUCCUCCCCAACUACCAACCAAGCCCCUCAUUCCAAAGGGCUCUGAAAACCUAAGAAAAAUCCAAACUUUACCAUCUUCGAAAACCCCUCAUGACCUCUCCAUAGCUCGACAUGUUAAAGCCCCUCAAAACCCCACCUCUCCUUCACCUACAAACCCUCCAUUCGCUAUUGGGUUCCCACCAUUUUAUCGAAUUCGCAUCAAGAACCAAGCUUUUCUCCCAACUCUCUCAUCCACCCUUCAAUCCUGCCCCAAACUUGGUGUUCCAAAUCCGUGACAUUCUGUGCGACCCUCAAUGGGAAAAGAGCUCAGAGCUCAGCUGGCUGAGCCCUAAGAUUAGAACCGAUCAUGUGUCAAAGAUUAUUGAGACCCACAAGAACACAGACUCGGCGUUAAGAUUCUUCUACUGGGUUUCUAAGAGACCUUCUUACCAGCAUGAUAUGAGCUGCUUCUCAUCAAUGCUGAAUAGGCUUGUGAACGAACGGCUUUUUGCGCCUGCAGACCGUGUGAGGAUUUUGAUGAUUAAAGCUUCUAGGAAGGAGGAAGAGCUUAAACGGGUAACUGAAUAUUUGAAUGAGAUGAGCCGACUUGGUUUUGAGUUUACAUUGUAUAGUUUUAAUACGCUUUUGAUUCAAUUGGGUAAGUUUGAGAUGGUUAGUAUAGCUCAAAAUGUUUAUACCCAGGUGCUAAGUAGUGGGAUUAAACCGAGUUUGUUGACAUUUAAUACAAUGCUCAAUAUAUUGUGUAAGAAGGGCAAGGUUCAGGAAGCAGAGUUGAUUUUGAGCAAGAUUUUUCAGUUUGAUAUGCUCCCGGAUGUUUUUACUUAUACAUCAUUGAUUCUUGGGCAUUGUAGAAAUCGUAACUUAGAUUUGGCAUUUGAGGUUUACGAUCAGAUGGUGAAGGCAGGUUGUGACCCGAAUUCAGUUACGUAUUCAACUCUUAUCAAUGGGUUAUGCAAUGAGGGGAGGGUGGAUGAGGCACUGGAUAUGCUUGAUGAAAUGGUAGAAAAAGGGAUUGAACCCACAUCAUAUACUUACACUGUCCCAAUUGCUUCACUAUGUGAGGCCGAUCGGCUGGUGGAAGCAAUUGGGCUUUUCAGAAGAAUGAGAAGCAGGGGUUGCCAUCCUACCGUUCAUACUUAUACAGCUUUGAUCAGUGGGUUGUCUCAGACGGGGAAACUCGAUGUUGCUAUUGGACUCUAUCACAAGCUUUUGAAGGAUGGUUUGGUCCCAAACACGGUUACCUUCAAUACAUUGAUAAAUGGAUUAAGUGAGACAGGAAGAUAUGACCUGGCUACGAAGAUUUUUUAUUGGGUGGAGAGACAUGGGACCUUGGCAAAUACCCAAACUCACAAUGAAAUCAUCAAAGUUUUCUGUUUGAUGGGUAACAUUAAUAACGCAAUGGCUCUUGUAAGCAAAAUGCUUAAAGUGGGACCAUCUCUAAAUGUGAUUACAUAUAACACACUCAUCAAUGGAUACCUCAGUGGAGGUCAGUUAAACAAUGCUAUGAGGUUGUUGGAUUUUAUGAAAGGGAGUGGAUGUGAACCAGAUGAAUGGACUUAUACUGAACUUAUUUCUGGGUUUUGCAAGGCAGGUAAGUCUGACUUUGCAUCUACUCUUUUCCGUGAGAUGGUAGAACAAAGAAUUAGUCCCAGUCAGGUUACCUACGCUGCUUUGAUUGCUGGAUACUGUAUGGAGGGGAAAGUAGAUACUGCAUUGUCAUUAUUUGAGCAGAUGGAGGAGAAGGGUUGCUGUCCAAGUAUUGAAACCUACAAUGCCAUUAUAAAUGGUUUGUCCAAAGAUAAUCAGUUUGUUAAAGCUGAGAAACUAUGUAAAAAGAUGGAAAAGCAAGGACUGGUUCCAAAUGUCAUUACCUACACGUCUCUAAUUUGCGGCCUCUGUAAAAGUGGCAGGACUGACCUUGCAUUCAAAAUCUUCCAUGAAAUGGAAGAACAAGGUUGCUUGCCGAACUUGUAUACAUAUAGCUCACUCAUGUUUGGGUUAUGUCAAGAGGGCAAGGCUGACAAUGCUGAGACGUUGCUUGAUGAAAUGGAAAGGAAAGGAUUGGCUCCUGAUGUGGUAACAUUUACCACACUCAUUGAUGGUUUUGUUAUGCUUGGUAGGCUAGAUCAUGCAUUCUUGCUUCUUAGGCGAAUGGUUGAUGUGGGCUGCAGGCCCAACUACCGAACAUAUGCCGUGUUGGUCAAAGGGUUGCAAAAGGAAAGUCAGUUGCUGACGGAGAAGGUUGUGGGGCUUGUGGCCCAACAUGAAGGAAUGUAUAGUUGCAGCUCUGGUGAAAGCUAUAACUUUUUUGAGGCGUUGUGCAAUCUCUUAGCUAGGAUGUCAGAGAAUGGAUGUGAACCUACUGUUGAUACCUAUGGUACUUUAGUGAGAGGCUUGUGUACAGAAGGCAGAUAUUAUGAGGCAGAUCAGUUGGUUCAGCAUAUGAAAGACAAAGGCCUGUGCCCCAAUAGAAGGAUUUAUCUGUCUCUAUUCUUUGUUCAUUGUACGAAUUUAAAAGUGGAAUCUGCGCUGGAAAUCUUUGGCUUGAUGGAAGAUAAUGGAUUUGAGGUUCACUUGUCAGCUUAUAACGCACUUAUUAGUGCUCUCGGCAGGGUGUGUCGGGCGGAAGAAGCUGAAACUUUAUUCAAAAGCAUGCUAGAAAAACAAUGGAAUACUGAUGAGAUUGUUUGGACUGUGUUAAUCGAUGGAUUACUGAAGGAAGGGCAAUCAGAUCUAUGCAUGAAGCUUCUUCAUGUUAUUGAAUCUCAAAAAUGCAGUAUCAGUUUCCAGACAUAUGAUAUCUUGGCCAGAGAACUUUCUAAAGUAAACAAGGGUAGGGGGAGUUCUCAAAUUGUUAACAGAGCAAGUGAUUUAAAGGGUGUACAUUGAUCAUGGUUUCUUUAUACACACAGAGAAAAAGGAAAUUCGUUAACUGAGUUCCAUUAAUGAACUAAUAAGAAAUUAUACUUUUUUCGCCUGAGGUGUGUAUAUAUUCUUUUGCUGUGACAACUUUGCAGUUUGAUCAUACAAUAAAUGGUAUGUAGAUGGCGCUUUGCCUUCAAACCUUGUUAACAUUCGUUUCUUUCUAUUACUGUCUUUGGUGAUUAUCAGAAUACUUUAGUUCUGUUGGCUUUUGAUUAAUUUGGUCGCAAUAUUUUCCCAAUAGUCACCAAGAAAAUUCGA